UCUGUAAUCUCCUACAAGCCAUGGAUUGUGUGAGCCCAAUCCUUGAUGUUGCCUCUCAUUUAUGGGAUUGCACUGCCAAACGUGCAGCUUAUCUCACCGAUCUCCAAGAAACCCUUGAAUCUUUGAGAAACGCCAUUGAGGAGCUGAAGAACGUAGCUGAAGAUGUGAAGAAUAAGGUGGAUCGUGCUGAGGAAGACCGCGAGAUGAGACGGACACAUGAAGUGGAUGGGUGGCUCCACAGAGUACAAGUCUUGGAAAACGAAGUGAGGGAGAUACUGCAGAAAGGUGAUCAGGAAAUCCAGCAGAAAUGCCUCGGAACCUGCUGUCCCAAGAACUGCCGGUCAAGCUACAAGAUCGGGAAGAUAGCAAGUAAAAAGCUUGGUGCCGUCACUGAACUGAGGAGCAAAGGGUGUUUCAGCGAUGUGGCUGAUAGGCUGCCUAGAGCUGCGGUGGAUGAGCGGCCAAUUGAGAAGACUGUGGGAUUGGAUCGGAUGUAUGCAGAGGUUUGCAGAUGCAUCCAAGAUGAACAACUGGGAAUUAUUGGAUUGUAUGGUAUGGGGGGUGCCGGGAAAACUACCCUCAUGACCAAAGUGAAUAAUGAGUUCUUCAAAACAGGCAAUGACUUUGAAGUAGCCAUUUGGGUUGUAGUAUCCAGGCCCGCAAGUGUGGGAAAAGUGCAAGAAGUCAUUCGAAAUAAAUUAAAGAUCCCUGAUGACAUAUGGAGAAAUAGAAGCGAGGAUGAAAAAGCAGUAGAAAUUUUCAAUGUCUUGAAGGCAAAAAGGUUCGUGAUGUUGCUGGAUGAUGUAUGGGAGCGGCUUGAUCUCCAUAAGAAGCUCAAAAAAGCAUUAAGGUGGAGUGUUUGACACAAGAUGAGGC